GUGGGUUCACUCUCGCUGUCCUUGGCCCCAGCCCUCCACGCCUUACUACUCUCCCUGACUCUGCCCAAGUCUAGGCCCACGGCCCCACCAUGGCCGACCAGUACCAGUACAACACCAACGAGGAGAAGAUUGUGAAGGACAGCCACACCAAGGAGAUCGAUCUGAUCAACAGAGACCCCAAAUUGAUCAAUGAGGAUGUGAUCAAGGUGGAGUUUGAGGAUGUGAUCGCAGAGCCCGAUGGCACACACAGUCUGGAUGGGGUGUGGAAGCUCAGCUACACCACCUUCACCGUGUCCAAGUACUGGUGCUACCGCAUCCUCUCAGCCAUCUUCGGCAUCCCUAUGGCUCUGCUCUGGGGCUUCCUCUUCGCCUGCAUCUCAUUCUGUCACAUCUGGGCUGUGGUACCCUGUAUCAAGAGCUGCCUGAUCGAGUCCCAGUGCAUCAGUCGCAUCUACUCCCUCUGCAUCCAGACCUUCUGUGACCCCUUCUUUGAAGCCCUGGGCAAGAUCUUCAGCAGUGUGAAAGUGGCCCUGCGCAAAGAGGUCUAGACACUCACACCACCGCAGUGUUUACACGUGUUUGGAUGAAACGCUACACCCUUUUUAUCCGCCAGACCAGAUGACCAGUCCUGGUGUCCUCAUAUUUCCCAAGACACCCGCCCGCUACCCUUACCCAGCCCAAAGCCCAAGGCCUCGCCAGUCUCAGCCCUUUGAGUCCUGACAUGCUCACAGCGACCAGUGCCACAAGAGGCUCUGUGACAGCUGCAGCAUGGUUGGGUGACAGC